CUGGGCGUUUGCCCUAUUUCGUCGCCAAAAAGGAAACCGCCAUGGCCCGGCUGCUGCUGUUGCUCCCCCUGGCCGCUGCGCUGCAGCAGCUGAAUGACGAGACCUUCGAGCACCAGACGCAGGCCGCAACGGGCAUGACCACCGGCAGCUGGUUUGUGGCCUUCGGCGCCAAGGGCUGUGAAGCCUGCGAAACGGCACUGGAAGCUUUGGAGAGUGCCGAGGAGGAGCUGCGGGAGAGCUACGUGAUCCCUGCCCACGUGGCAAAAGAGGACAGCAAUGAGCUUUGGAAGCGGUUCAGCAUCAAGGAGGUGCCGUCGGUGCUUCUCUUUGCCAAGCAUCGGCUUCAUCGCUAUGAAGGGCCUUGGGAGGCGCAGAGUCUGGUGGCUUUCGCGCGGCUGGUGUUGGACGGGGAACGCAUGGGGGAGCCCAUCCCGGCAGAGCCCAGCCUCAUCGACAGGCUGUGGCAGCGCUUCAUGGGAGGAGGUGAGCUUUAAAUACACUGCUCUUAGGUGCUUGUUCCAUUAUCCGGCCAUUCCCGAAACGCUCAAUGGACAAAUGCUGCACUUGUUCCGCCCAGUGUUGGCAGCAACCGACAGUUGCAAGACUUCCUUCCUUGAUGGCAUGUGGG